AAAUAGCUUUUCUAAUUGAUUUCUUGCAAGUUUCAAAUACCAACCUGCCUGAGAUAAGAUUUCCAAAAGAGAUUUCCAAUUACACACAUCAGACGAUCGGUAUUUUGUUAGCCAGGCAUUAUGUGAAGAAUUUUUGUUCAGGCAUCGCCAUCAUCACUUCCCAGAUAACUUUGUAUAUGAAAAAGAAACGUGAAGAUCAGGCCUUGGUUAUAUUCUUGGAAUAUUAUGAGCAUCCAUUCUAGCAUAUUCUCUCCAGAGGAAUCCCCUGCAGUGUUUUACUGGUUGAUUUCUGCGAUCAAUGGUUAAUUGGCUUCUUUUUACGUAGGACAGAACAGAGUUUUCUCCUUCCCUACCAUUGAAUUCUUAAUUUUCUAAUGCAAUAAACCCUUUUCAUUAGCUUAGCCGUUGGAUUCCUAAACCUUGAGCUGAGAAAAUGUUUAUAUAGCCGUUGCUUUAACAGAGCGGAGAAAACGUUUAUAUAGCCGUUGCUUUAACAGUGUUCUCCAGCGUUCAUCUAACUUGCCCAGGUUAAUAUGGAGUUCAAGGGAAUGGGUUUGGGUCUGAGUUUUUUCCCGUUUUUCUUGUGUUUCUUAUGUAGGAGCUGCUUUUCAUCGAUUCGGGAUGAUAAUAUUGAUUUAACCAUGAAAGAAACUGGGUCUCUGAAUUUCUUAGUUGUUGGUGAUUGGGGAAGGAAAGGGAAUUAUAACCAGACCAAAGUGGCAUAUCAGAUGGGAAGAAUAGGAGAGGAGCUUCAGGUGGAGUUCAUAGUUUCAACUGGGGAUAACUUCUAUGAGGAUGGGCUAACAGGUGUGGCAGACAAAAGCUUUCGAGAAUCAUUUUCUGACAUUUAUACGGCCAAGAGCCUACAAAAGCCUUGGUAUGCUGUUCUAGGCAACCAUGAUUACAGAGGAGAUGUUUUGGCCCAACUUAGUCCGAUCCUUAGGGGCCUCGACCAUCGCUGGAAUUGCAGGAGAUCAUUCACUUUGAAAAGAAGUUUUGCAGCUGGGUCAGUGGAUCUCUUUUUUGUGGAUACAACGCCAUUUGUGAGCAAAUAUUGGAAACAUCCUAAUAAGGACACUUAUGAUUGGCGAGGCGUGGCCCCUAGAGAAGCCUAUAUCAGUCGUCAAUUGAAGGAGCUUGCAGAGGGUUUGAAGGCAUCAACUGCAACGUGGAAGAUAGUUAUAGGCCAUCACACCAUACGAAGCGUUGGUCACCAUGGUGACACAGAGGAGCUUCUUCAACAACUCCUCCCAAUUUUAGAAACGUACAACGUGGACCUGUACAUCAAUGGACAUGAUCAUUGUCUAGAACACAUCAAAAGUGUUACAAGUGACCUGCAAUUUUUGACCAGUGGGGCAGGUUCAAAAUCAUGGAGAGGAAUAGAUAAAAAUGCUAACAUGAAAGGCCUGGAGAUGUACUAUGAUGGACAGGGUUUUAUGUCACUUCAAAUUACUUCAACAAAUAUUCAGGCUGCGUUCUAUGACAUUGAAGGGACUGUCAUACAUCAAGUAGAUUUGUAUAAGAGUUUGCUUCAGAAGUAUUAGUGCCUGCCACUAUGAAAGUUUCAAUUUUACAUACUUUUGGGCCAUAAUGAAAAUUGGAUAAGUCGUUUAGAUUUAACAUAUAUAAUCUAUAUGAGGGUAUACUACUCUGUUCGGUGAUUGUAUAUUUCACAUACAAAAUAUAUGUAUUGCUCUGUUCUUAACGAGGAGCUCUUGGAAAUAGAAACUAUUAGAGUCAUGUAGUUUCUACAGUCUACGGAGAUGUAUAAUAAUUUUCUGGUUUAAAUUAUGUACAAAUUUUUCGUCAUCAAUAUUUUGGAUUAUACAA